AUGCACCACGCUGAACUUGGUCCGUCAUGUGGGAGUGCCUUCUACUCACGUUUCUUUGUGGCCGAGCGCAGGGGGCGCAGUUCCACUCUCCUCCAAAGCAUCUGGGACGAUCCCAUUGAAUUCAACACCAAGGCUGAUGAGUUGUGCACCAUGAUCAUCACCGGUCGCGGGGAAUACACCAGGCCGAGGCUUUCAUGCCAGAGCGGCAAGCGCUCCUACCGGUGUGAGUACGUGGGGAAGCCUUACACCUGCCGCUCCUACAACAAAAACCCUCGACACUACUGUGUUCAGAUAACGUGGGGCCUCAGAAAGCUCAAGAAUGCCUGCCAGGCACCAAGGCAGCUCAAACCUCCCACGUGCAGGAGGGCAGCUGACGACUCUCAGAUGGUCUUUUCGUCUGCUUCCUUCUCCCGGUCAUGGCCAGAGGCUUCCUCUAGGACAGCAGCGAGGCCAGCAGCGAGGCCUGCGAGACCUCAACCUCGACCCGCACCAGCCAGGCCGGAUUCUGUGGGGCAGGCUUCCGGGAAAUCCAUUCGAGUCCCACCGAGCGUAAAGGCCACACAGAAAGCCAGUCCACAACCACUGACAGCACCCGGGGAGAGCAAGGCCAAGAGGACGGCUCGGCAGCACUGUUGGAGGUCACUUCAAGGCAUCUGCUCCUAUGUCAUUGGGUUGUUUCGAAAUUAA